AUGGAUCCAGUUGUGGUAUUGGUGUUUAUUUUCUCCUGUCUGGUUCUCCUCUCACUCUGGAGACAGAGCUCUGAGAGAGGGAAGCUCCCUCCUGGUCCCACUCCUCUCCCACUUAUUGGCAAUUUCCUCCAAAUAGAUGUGAAGAAUAUCAGCCAAUCAUUGACCAAUUUCUCAAAAGUCUAUGGCCCUGUGUUCACCCUGUACCUGGGCAUGAAGCCCACUGUGGUGUUGCAUGGGUAUGAAGCAGUGAAGGAAGCUCUGAUUGACCAUGGGGAGGAAUUUGCUGGAAGAGGAAGCUUCCCAAUGGCUGAAAGAAUUAAUGAAGGCCUUGGCAUUGUUUUUAGCAAUGGAAGCAUAUGGAAAGAGACAAGGCGCUUCACACUCAUGACUCUGAGGAAUCUGGGCAUGGGCAAAAGAAGCAUUGAGGACCGUGUUCAAGAGGAAGCACAGUGCCUUGUGGAGGAACUGAGGAAAACCAAUGCCUCACCAUGUGAUCCCACAUUCAUCUUGAGCUGUGCUCCCUGCAAUGUGAUCUGCUCCAUUAUUUUCCAGAAUCGUUUUGAUUAUAAAGAUCAGGAUUUUCUUAACUUUAUGGAAAAAGUAAAUGAGAACGUCAGGAUUCUGAGCUCUCCCUGGUUGCAGGUGAAGUAA